AUGGGAGGUACCACUGCCACCCACGCCAGCGGCAUCGGUGGCAUCGGCAGGCGCGCCUACUCCACCACCCGCACCGCCGCAACUCCCGCACCUGCGGAUCUACCUGUGGAGACUAUGAAGUACAAGAUCAUGGGUGCACACGACUGUUGCGCGCGAUCGCAGCGCGAAGCCACGAUGACACUAGAGGACAGACUACGCUUGGCAUUACUCCCAGAGAAUACGCUGUUCGUGCCAAGUAUCCUGGACAUACUAUGGGAUUUACCACAGAGGUUCAGUAAGGCUCUAUCAACCGCACUCCGACACGACAACGGCGGCCGCAACGGCCUGGAUCAAUUCCUCGACCGCCGCGUCAAUAUCUGGGAGCUCGAACACGUCGAUAUUUGGGCCGUGGCCAAUCACCACAAGUCCUUCAGUCACAUCGUGUCCGAAGUAUUCACAAGAGAUGAUCACGGCCCCAAUCGGAAUGCAGCCCACGCGCAUAUGCAUCAGGCCGACCGCGCUGGCCAGCCAUGGCAAGAUGGACAGGAGUACUGCGUGAUCGCCGUCCUGCGCGCCCUGCAGCUGCACAUCGACGACGAGAAGGCCCGCUUCCAGGUGCAGGCGCUGGCGCCGCGGGAGCCAACGUGCUCACCCGCCCGGGCCCUGGCGCCGCAGACGCCAGACGCGCCAACCGAGUUGCGGCUGAGAGGCGGAGGCGGCUCGCGCCGCGACGACGCGACGGCGCUGCCCGCCGGCCUCGACGACGAGUUGCUGGCGCCGCUCGUCGCAGAGGCGCGGGUGCUGAUCGGCGUCUCCGUGCGGCAGGCGGCGGCUCCCGUGGCGCUGGCGGCGGACAUCGGGGAGCUGAUCCUGAUAGACCCGCGGGUGAGGCUCACCAGCGUCGCGCUGGCGGCGGUGGCCGUCAGCACAGCCGCCUCGCUGGGGCAUGCGCGCGGAUUGGCCAGAGCCUUCGGCACCGAGGUGCUGCUCUCGGAGGCUGGCCUGGGCUCGCUCGGGUUCGGCUGCCGCUGCGCAGAGGAGCUGGCGCCCUUCGCCAUCGGCGCGCUGUUACGGAUCGCCGCCGAGGUUUGGGCGCCGCGCAUCGGCGAGGCGCCGGGUCCGAUCUUCGUGCAGGCGCUGGACGCGGACCUGAGCUACGCGCAUGCUGCUAGCAGUGGACGCCACGAGGCCACGCGCCCCUGCUCAGGAGCGGUGGCUUCGCCAUGGGCCGCGGCCAACGGCGAGGGCCAGCGCGACCUUCCUGCGCUGAUCGCGGGCGUGACCUACACGCAGUGCUGCGGGUCGGUGCCGCAGUUCCGCUCAGGCCACCUCGCGAUGUCCGCCCUGUUCCCGCCAGACAGGCCGGAGAUUCUGACCGCCUCCUACGAUAGCGCGGCGAAGAUCUGGCGCGUGGGCUCUGGCGAGUGCUUGCGCGCCCUUGAGGGCAAUGGCCAUGUCGUGAUUACGGCCGCGUUCUCCCUGGAAGGGCUGUGGGUGCUGACCGUGGGCCCAGGCGAGUGCCUGCGAGCUCUGGAGGGCCACGACCAUGCCGCGAGGUCCGCCGCGUCCGCGCCAGAUAGGCUGGAAGUGCUCAGCGCCUCCUACGAUGGCACGGCGAAGAUCUGGCGCGGGGGCUCCCGCGAGUGCUUACGCGCCCUGGACGGCCACGGCUAUGUCGCGAUUGCCGCCGUGGUUUCCCUGGUCGGGCAGCCGGUGCUGUCCGCCGCGUUCUCGCUGGACGGGCUGGAGGUGCUGACCGCCUCGCAGGACUUCCGCCGGCUCCGGGGCCUCUUCGUGGAGCUGAUCCUCGCCACGGACAUGGCCUCCCACAAGCGCAUCCUGGAUUCCGUCGACGCCGCUCUAGAGAGGUUCGCCCGAACACCGCCAGUGGCCUCGCUGGACGGUGGCCUCGGGCCGGGCUCGGCCGGGGAGGCGAUGCUGCUGCUGCAGGUGGCGGUCAAGUGCGCGGACCUUGGGCACGUGACCCUGAGCCGCGCCGCGCACCUACGCUAUGUGCGGCGCCUGGAGGAGGAGCUUUUCGCGCAGGGGGACCGGGAGCGGGAGCUGGGCCUGGAGGUGUCCUUCCUGAUGGACCGCGAGAUGACAGGCGUGGCCUCCUCCCAGGUCGAGUUCUUCGAGGACGUCGCCCUGCCACUGUUCCGGCGCCUCGCGAUGGCCUGCCGGGAGCUCCAGCCGCUGCUCGAGGGCGCGGAGGGCAAUUACUGGUAUUGGAGGGGCCUGCAGAGCGGACGCCCGGUCGCCGCGUGGAACGACAAAGAGAAGAAUCGGAUCUUCAUCAGAGAGCCGCAGGCGUUUCAGGGCAAGCUCGACGAGCUCUUGAAAGCCGAAUAG